CAACGACAACCAUGUCGCUGACCAAGUGCCUUCUUCUCGCCCUUUUGGCCAUCGUGGCCUCCGUGAGCGCCGAACGGGUUCGCUAUGACAACUACCGCCUGUACAAGGCCGCCUCGGCCGAUGCCAAGCAGCUGGCGGUGCUGAAGGAUCUGGAGGGAUCCAGCGAUUCGAUCCUCUUCCUCGACGGAGUUCAUCUGGUGGGCGCCGAUGUCCAAAUCGUGGUGGCUCCCCACAAGGUGCCCGAUUUCCUGGACAUCAUGGGCAAGUCGGAGAUCAAGUACGAACUGAAGUCGAGCGAUGUGCAGAAAUCGCUGGACGAGAUCGACGAGAAGGUGGCCAUCAAGGGACGCGCCACCAGGGCCUACAACUGGGCGGAGUACUACGAACUGGACGACACCUACAGCUGGCUACAAACCCUUGCCCAGCAGAACCCGGGAGUGGUUACCCUCAUCGAGGGCGGCAAGACCUACCAGGGACGCUCCAUCCUCGGAGUGAAGAUCACCCGGGGAGGCGCCAACAAGCCCGGCAUCUUCCUGGAGGCCGGUAUCCAUGCCCGCGAAUGGAUCGCCCCCGCCGCGGCCACCUACAUCAUCAACCAGCUGCUGACCUCCGAGGUGGAGACCAUCAAGCAGCUGGCCGAGAACUACACCUGGUACAUCCUGCCCCAUGCCAAUCCCGAUGGCUAUGUCUACACCCACACCACGGAUCGUCUGUGGCGCAAGACCCGCACUCCCUACGGCAGCUGCUUCGGUGCCGAUCCCAACCGCAACUGGGGCUUCCACUGGAACGAGGUUGGGGCCAGUAGCAAUGCCUGCUCCGACACCUACGCCGGUCCCUCCGCCUUCUCCGAGAUUGAAACUCUUUCGCUGUCGGAGUAUCUGAAGAGCCUGAAGGGCAAGAUUCAGCUGUACAUCUCGCUGCACGCCUACUCCCAGUAUCUGCUGUAUCCCUAUGGACACACCGCCGAUCUGCCCGAUAAUGUGAAAGAUUUCGAGAAGGUCUACGACGCCUCCAUUGCCGCCGUGAACAAGCGGUAUGGCACCAAGUAUACCGGUGGAAAUAUCUACGAUGCCAUCUACCCGGCUGCUGGAGCCAGCGUGGAUUGGGCCUACGGCACCCAGGAUGUGCGCAUGUCCUUCUGCUACGAGCUGCGCCCCUCUUCGACCUCCUACUUCACCGGCUUCAAGCUCCCCGCCGAGCAGAUCGUUCCCGCCAGCGAGGAGCUGCUCGACUCCAUCGUCGCCAUGGCCGCCGAGGUCAAGAACCUGGGCUACUUCGACUAAGCGACUUUGGCUUACCCAAUAAAGUACUCACAGUUUAACGGCAUAA